AUGGCCUCCGGCAGUAAAGCAAUUACACGACGAUUUAUCAUCUUCACUCUUCACCACUCUACCUGGCCGCUUCGCCUUAGUAUGCGCCGCCGCACCCUCGAAGUACCAGUCGACCAAACUGGUCUCCACGUGGAAUUUGAUUUGGUCUUCAGAGAACGAGAUCUGAGUCGCAUUGUCGCAUACAUUUCCCAUCCUUCAACUAUGUCCAUGAAGGGCUUAGAGGAGCCUAGGUCAUGUUCUGUAGGGAAGAUUCUGGACCAGACUGAGUAUCCUCCCGCGUCUCUCAGAUGGGCUAGGAAAUAUUUGGGCAAGAGGUUCGAUAUCGUCAUCCAAGGAAAAACAUCGAUUGCAAGAGCUUGCAUGGAACAGCUGAAUGAGAGACAAUUGCUUGGACUCUACAAUACCCUUCUCGCCAAAGAAAAGGCAGCCGACAAGAAAAGAACGGGCGAUACAACAGGCCAACGACCUAAAAAAACGCACAAAGCAGUCCCCAAACCCAAAAGCUUAGCCGACAAUACAAAUGACCACUGUCUGCCUUCGAGCCAGCUCCAUCAUAUGCGAAAGCGAGUCAACCGCUCAGUGGCCAAAUCCGGCAAGUGGCAUCCUGUGCGUGAAGCUCGAGACCUGCGGGACGGCCGUCAAGUGCAAUUCACCGCCAACGGACUGCUUCCUCUUCAAGUUCCGUGGAUAGAAGACCCACUCAGAUUGGUUGUCGGCCCGGAAGCUAAGGCAAAGAUCAAACUUUGUGGGGAGAAUCCCACAAUCCAUUCCUGCAAGACUGCGUUGUCCUCAAGGUUGGAGAUGAUGUCGUCUUCAGCCAGUCCAAUACCUAUAUGCACGCAGCACAGACUGGGGAGUUAUGGAAAACACAAAUCGGAAAAGAGUGGGUAG